GAGGAGGGGAAAUCUCUCAGUUUCAGAGGCCUUUAGAUCUCAUCUCCGGGGAAGCAGCGGUCGGAUGCGGCCUGUCAUUGAGGGAAAGGGGGAAUCUCGUGGUGAUUUCAAAAUGCUGACGAUCUGUUUUUUAACAUUAGUUUUUACAGGUACUGUUUUAUCUCAAGAUACCUAUAACAGAAGGAAUGAUCGUCGUAAAAUUGAUAGAGACCCCUCAGGAAUAUUCACUCAAGGAUCUGUUCAUGCGUGUGAAUCAUCUAGCUGUUAUCCUGCAACUGGGAAUCUUCUGAUAGGAAGAGAAAACAGUUUGUGGGCAUCUUCCACUUGUGGCAUAAAGGAUGUAGAACGUUACUGUAUAGUGAGCUUCUUAAAAGAAAGGAAAAAAUGUUUUCAAUGUCAUACUGUACCCAAAACUAAAGACAGUGUGAAGUUAUAUCAUGGAAUUGAAAAUAUUGUUUCAAGAAUAGGUAAAAAAAAGGGUGUUCGCAAAUGGUGGCAGUCCGAAAAUGGAAAAGAAAAUGUUACAAUUCAAUUGGAUUUGCAAGAGGAGUUCCACUUUACUCAUCUGAUUAUUACAUUCAAGACUUUUCGCCCUGCUGCUAUGUUGAUAGAACGGUCACAUGAUUUUGGUCGAACAUGGAAGGUGUAUCAGUAUUUUGCUUAUGAUUGUGAAGAAUCUUUCCCUGGAGUACCAAGAGGUCCUCGACAAAAAAUUACAGAUGUAGUUUGUGAGACACAGUAUUCCGGUGUUGAACCAUCAACUGAAGGGGAGGUGAUUUUCCGAGUUCUACCACCGAACAUUCCUAUUGAUGAUCCUUACAGUCCAGAUGUGCAAAAUCUACUGAAAAUGACUAACUUAAGAAUAAAUUUUACGAAACUUCAUACUUUAGGGGAUAAUCUUUUAGAUUCAAGAGGUGAAAUUAAAGAAAAAUAUUACUAUGCAAUCUAUGAAAUGGUUGUUAGAGGCUCAUGUUCAUGUUAUGGUCAUGCCAGUCGAUGUGUAGCUGCUCCUGGAUCUGUCACUCGCCCUGAUAUGGUGCAUGGUUCAUGCCUGUGUACUCACAACACAAAAGGUUCAAACUGUGAGCAGUGUGAGGAUCUCUAUAAUGAUCUGGAAUGGAAACCCGCUAUUGGAAGACAAACAAAUGCAUGUAAAAAAUGCAAUUGUAAUGGACAUGCUUCAAAAUGUCACUUCGACCAUGCUGUAUUUGAAGCAACUGGACGAGUCAGUGGAGGUGUAUGUGAAAUGUGUGAGCAUAACACUUUUGGACGAAAUUGUGAACUCUGCAAGCCAUUUUUCUAUCAAGAUCCUACUCGUGACAUCAGAGAUCCAAACAUUUGUCAACCUUGCGAUUGUGAUCCUAUUGGCAGUUUAGAUGAAGGCAUCUGCGACUCUCGAACUGACACUUUGUCUGGAUUAGUUGCUGGACGAUGUCACUGUAAAAAAAAUGUUGAAGGUCGGCGAUGUGAUCGUUGCAAAAAUGGAUUUUGGAAUUUCCAGGCGGAAAAUCCAGAUGGUUGUGAAGCAUGCACUUGCGAUGUGUUAGGAACCAUAGGCAAUUUUGGCUGCAAUGUUUACACCGGCGAAUGUGUUUGCAAAAGAAAUGUUGUUGGCAGAGAUUGCAACCAGUGUUUGCCAGAAUUCUAUGGAUUGAGUGCUGAUGAAGAAGGCUGUAAGCCUUGCAACUGUGAUCCUGGUGGUGCCCUUGACAAUAACUGUGAUGUUAUUACUGGGCAGUGUCGAUGCCGUGCUCAUGUUUCUGGCCGACGAUGUGAUCAGCCUGAAUCUGGAUUUUUCGCUGGUAGCCUUGAUUAUAUAACCUAUGAAGCUGAACUUGCCAAAGGAACUCCUGACUGUCAGGUUCUUCUUCGAGAGCCAUAUGGUGAUAGAGAUUCCAGCUGGACUGGGCUGGGUUUCAUGCGUACAUUUGAGGGUUCACAUUUAGAAUUUGAUGUAACUGAUAUUCCUCAGUCAUUGGAAUAUGAUAUUGUAAUAAGAUAUGAACCACAGCUUCCUGGACAAUGGGAAGAAGCUCGUGUUAUUAUUGAGCGUCCCGGUCCUGUUGAAAUGAAUGGACCUUGUGCAAAUACAAUUCCACAAGAUGAUAUAAAAACUGUUUCUUUGCCAUCAGGUCAAAGAUAUGCUGUAGUUUAUCCUCCAGCAUGCUUGGAAAAGGGAAAAAGCUACAAAGUUCGUCUUGAAUUUAAGCAUUAUGAUAGAGAAAUACAAACACCAUCAGCUUCUGUACUAGUGGAUUCUAUAGCUUUCAUCCCAAGAAUUGAUUCCAUUCCCUUUUUUCAUGGCUCUGCAGCUAAUGAAUACAGGCGCCAAGAAUUUGAGCGAUUUCGAUGUGGGUCAGCUUUCUAUUCUGUUGUGAGACCUCUACCAAAUGAUGUUUGUAAAAAAUACCUUUACAGCAUUGGCUUUUAUGUUUAUGAUAAAGCUCAUGAGUGCGCCUGUGAUCCAACUGGCUCAACAAGUACCAGCUGUGAAAACCUUGGAGGUCAAUGCACAUGCAAAUCCAAUGUUGUUGGACGACGAUGUGAUCGAUGUGCUCCAUCAACUUAUGGCUUCGGACAAUCAGGAUGUAGACCAUGUGAUUGUAACAGUGUAGGAUCCUUGGACAACUUCUGUGAUGCACUGACAGGCCAAUGUAAAUGUCGACCAAAUACAUAUGGAAGACAGUGUGGGGAUUGCCAGCCAGGCUUUUGGAACUAUCCAAAUUGUCAGCGAUGUGAUUGCAAUGGUCAUGCUGAAAUUUGCGAUGCCAGAACUGGAUAUUGUAUUGAUUGUGCAGAUUUUACUGCUGGCCCAAAAUGUGAUAGAUGUGACACUGGAUAUUAUGGGGACCCUAGGAUUGGUGUUGGAAUUCCAUGUCGCCCUUGCCCAUGCCCUGGGGUUGCAGAGAGUGGACUUAGCCAUGCACAAAGCUGUGAACUUGAUCCCAGAACACAGAAUGUUAUUUGCUUGUGUAAUAUUGGAUAUGCUGGUGAACGGUGUGAUCGAUGUGCCAAUAACUAUUAUGGCGAACCAACCGUACCUAAUGGAACAUGUAAAAAAUGUGAGUGCAGUGGAAAUACUGACGAAACUGUUGCCGGAAAUUGUGACCCUGAGACAGGAAAUUGCUUGAAAUGUCUGUAUAAUACGGAUGGACCUCACUGUGAAUAUUGCAUAGAUGGAUUUUAUGGUGAUGCAACUCGACAAGAAUGUUUAAAAUGUGUUUGCAACGCUCUUGGUACAGCAGACGCCAACGGAAUUUGUGAUAAACGAACAGGGCAGUGCCCAUGCUUACCAAAUGUGAUUGGAACGUCAUGUGAUUUAUGUGCACCUCAUCAUUGGAACAUAAGCAGUAGAUUUGGUUGUGUGCCAUGCGAUUGUGACCCAUUAGGAUCCUUUGCUCCUGAAUGCAAUGAGUUUGAUGGACAAUGUCCAUGCAAACAUGGAUAUGGUGGUCGAAAGUGUGACGAAUGUCAAGCCAACUAUUGGGGAGAUCCUCAUGUGCAGUGUUAUGCAUGUGAAUGCAACCGAGAAGGAUCGAGAACAUUGCAGUGUCGGAGAGAUGAUGGCUCUUGUAUAUGUUCAGACGGUAUUGCUGGAAAAAAUUGUGACAUGUGUGCUAGAGGCUAUUAUGGAAAUGCACCUUUCUGUGAUCCAUGUGGGGAAUGUUUCGAUAACUGGGAUGCUAUUUUGCAAGAGCUCAAAGAUCAAACUCGACAACUUCUGGAUGAAGCCAGUGAUAUUAAACAAACUGGAGUCACUGGUGCUUAUUCGAAAGAGUUUUCGAUUAUAGAAGGUAAACUUGAAGAAGUUAGGGAAAUUCUUGCUGAUGCAAACAUCACUGGUGCAGACAUAGAGGAUCUACAAGAUUUGGUUGAUAUGCUUAGGCAAAACUUAACAGUUACUCAAGAUCAUUUAGACGUUAUUGAUAGAGAAUUAGAAAACACUACUCAGAGAAUAUAUGAUGCUAAUUUGGCUUUGACGGAUUUGCGUAAAAGAGCUGAUGACCUUACAUCUGAUGCACAAGCUUUAAAAAGCAAUGCCACAUCUUUGAAAGAAGCAAAUGUUGAAGGUGCAUUCAAUAUAACCAAAGAAGCAAAAGCACGUUCAGAUGCAGCAGAGCGUAAGGUAGAAGAUACUAGAGCUGUUGUUCAUGAAUCCGAAGGCCACCGUCGUAGGACGGAAAAAUUGUUAGAGAAAGCAACAAAUUUAUAUAAUCAGACCUACCUGGAUAAUGAGGCUGCUUUAAAUAAGAUUGCUGGGAAAAUAUUUGCAAUUGAAAAUGAAAUACCUGGACUGAAUAACAUAGUUUGUGAUGGGCGUGGAACUGUUACUAAGUGUGAUUCUUUAUGUGGUGGAGCAUUAUGUGAUAAAUGUGGGGGGCUCAGUUGUGCUCUUGGAGCGGUCACUAGAGCUGAUAACGCAUUUGAUUUAGCAAAGAAGGCUGAAAAAGAAAUACGAGAAAAAGAGGAAAAAUCUAAACAGCUGUUAGCUGAGGUUGGUGAUAGCAGGAAGCAUGCUGAUGAAGCUCUUGAAGAAGCUAGAUUAGCUUUUGAGCGUGCUCAAGCAGCCAAAGAUAGAUCUGAAAAUGCUACUGCAGCAGUAGAGGAAUUGUUAGAUAAAAUUGAACAGUUUCUUGAAGCUGGCGGAGCAAGACCAGCAGAAAUAAGAGAAUUUGCUGAGGAAUGCUUGCGGCUUUCUAUUUCUUUGGAACCAGAACAAAUUACUGGGUUAGCUCGACAGAUCAAUGAUACAAUUGCUAGUCUAACUAAUAUUGAUGCAAUUUUAAAUGCCACUGCAGGUGAUUUGGCUGAAGCUCAAACUUUAAAAACUAGGGCUGACAGGGCAAAAGAAAAUGCUGAAGCAAUUCUUGACACUGCCAAACAAGUGCUUGAUGCAUUGGAAGAAGCCCAAAAGGCGCAGGAGAAAGCAGAGGCUGCUAUUGAUAAAGCUAACAAUGAUAUUACUGCAGCUGGUCUUGAUCUUGCUGAUAUUGCCCAGGAAACUAGAGCUGCACAAGAAAUUGCUAAUAAAUCAGUUGAUGACAUUCAAAACAUGCAGGAUAGGUUGGAUACACUGAAGAAAAAAUUCACUGAAAAUGAACUAAAUGCGAAGAAAUCUGCAGUUGAAGCCAGUGUUGCAGGCAAACUAGCUGAACAAGCUGAAAAAGAUGUACAAGACUUGGAAGAUAAGUAUAAUAAUGCUUCUCGUGCAUUGGACAAUAAAGCAAAGAUUAGUGGUGCAGCAAAGGAAAGAGCUGAUAGACUUAGGGAACGUGCCAAAAAACUUGCAGAAGAUGCUAAUGGUCGUUUGAAUGAGUUGCAAGGUAUGGAAGAUGACUUUGAUGAAAAUGAAAAACGGUUGAAAGAUUUUUCAAAAAUUCUGGACGAGCUAAAUAGAGAAAUGGAUGACCAUCUUGCUGUUAUUGAAGAAAGAUCCGGCUUCUAUCGUGAUUGUCAGACAUAAAAAUAAAAUUAUUUUAAAUUUUGUCAAUCCAAUUUGAAAUUAGAAGUUUUCUGUAACUAACGAAGGACUUACUUUAGAAUUUUUGUCCUGUUCUAAUUAUAUGGUUGCUAAAUGCUACUAAUUGUAUUAAAAUUUUUCUUGUUAACAAAUGUAUAAUUAAAUUAAUGAAUGUGUAAUAUAGUCCCUUUUAAAAUUUGCCUUCUGUGAAGGAGCUAUUUUAUCCUCUGUUGAAAAUUAUGAAUAAUUCCUGUGAAUUAUCCGAUCCUGUAUAAAUUGAAUUUUUAGUUUAAAAAUUUGAACGUUCAAAAAAGUGAUUUGAUUUGCUCUUCAUUCAUGAGCAUAUAACUUGCAGACUGAAUAGUUUUUUUUAUUUGUUUAACUCAAAUUAUUACCACCAUACUUAAAAUAUUUCCGUUUUAAUUUGCAAACCAGUUUGACAAUAUCUACAUGUGCUUUUCAUCCGUUUACUUUUUGUUAAAUAAUACCAGCUCUGUUUGGAACCCUACAACUACACAUUUCCAUUUUUACAUCAAAUUUGUAUUAUAAACUUCUGUAUUAUCUGUAAUCAAAGUUACUCAUUAAUGAGCUUAUAUGUAUUAUUUUUGCAUAAAAAGUCGUUUCCAUUGGUACAUGGGUAUUGCGUUGUAAUUUCUUAACCAUAAUAUUGACUGCUGUUAUUUAUAGAUUUCAAACACAGAAAGUGUGCACCAAAUUAAGGAAGUUAUAAUAGGAUAGAGUUGGAGAAAACUUGUAAUCUUUACAAUGAUGAUAAAAAAAUGUGGUGUAGUUGCCCUCUCUCGAUGAUAUGUGAAAGGUUUGUAUGAUAUAUUGGCUGAAUUUAAAUCAAUUUCCCAAGCCCAAUCAAUAUAAGACUUUCCUGAAUUGCCAUGACUUUUAGUUGACUUGAAUUUUCAUACCAACGGGUCUAUGGUCAAGAAUAGUUUUCGAUGUUUACUUUGUUGACUUGUCCAUUUUUUGGGUGUACAUAUAUUACACAUGUUAGUCUUAUAUAUGUGUAUUGUGUUGUCGUUUUUUGUAUUAUUAAAAAAAAUCUUAUUUCCAUAUUUGCGAUUUGACAUUUUAUAUUCAUUAUUUUAUGUUUCAAUGAAUUUUAUAUUUGUAUUGCCUAAGUAAGGAAGGCUAUUUUAAUGGUGUUCUUGUGCCUUCAUUUUCUGCUUGGAUACUUAGCUUUCUUUUAUAACUGUAAUUUUCUAUUCGUGGCAGCUUAACUAAAGAUAUUUUUACAUUCUGAACUUAACUGUUAGUUAAGAAGUAAAGAACAAUUUUAUUGUUCUUCUUUUUCCAUUAAUGUUUCAUGCCUUACUACCAAAGCUGAGAUGUGCUAGUUUUGCUACAAAUGAUUAAGUUGAAGGCUCUUUGAUGUUUGACAGAUUUUUUAUUUCAUUUUGAAUGCUUUACAAUUUUUUUUUCUAAAGAUGGCAUUUUUUAUACUUAAAUGUUGUGAUGAAUCACAAAUGUCCUAUAGUAAUGUUUUUAAAUCAGGCUAAAAUACUAGUUUUGCUAUUGCUGGUGCUUUUAUUGAUAUGUAUAUAGAUUCUUAAACAAAUUCUCUCUAAAAUACUGAGGGAUACUUGUUGUUUAUUUGGAUGACAAAGAAUAUUUUUACUCGCCGUUCAGUAGAAUAACUUUUCUUCGACUUGUAAGAAGGGCGAGACAAAUAAAAUGCUAUAGCUUAAAAAUCAUGUACCUGGUUCUUUAGAAUUGCUUCUCUUCUAUGCCUUACCUUCACACAGAAAAUAGUAUGCAGAUAGUAAAUCAAGAAGUAUUUAUUUUACAUUGUAGGGAAAAGUGCCUUGUUGUUUCUUCUGAUUAUUAUUAGAUGUUUGUUCUUCUCCUCUUACAAUUUAUUGGUCUGUAGGUCAUGUGUCUAGUAAAUAUGUGGUUUACAAUCUUCUGCUAUAGCAUUUCAGAGAAGCAUUUUGAAAUGCAUUGUUAAUUAUUUUUUGCUCAAUGUUCCUAACAGAAAAGUUAAUUCGUUUGAUUUUUAUAAUCUAUUAAUUUACCGAAUAUUUUUAGUACAACUUAUUUUAACUGUGUUGGGUUUUGCUUUAUGGACUAAUGUAAUGCUGAAUAUACUGUGUUCAAAGUUUGAACAAAUCAAAUAUAAUGGUUAUUUUCAUGAAAAAGAGUACACAUCUAGGUAAUAAGUGCAAUAUUAAUUGUCUGUUUCUUAAAAGUUUUACUUAUAUUGAUACUCAUUUUUUUAAUGAUUAUGUUUUAGACUGAGUUUUAUUUAGUAUAAGCUUUUAUUGUUUUAUUGCCAUGCUGAAAAGAACUUAAAUUGCCUGCUUUUUUUUUUUUUUUUUUUUGUUAAUGAUUGGAUAAUCUUUUCUGGUAAAUACAAGGAAUUUUUCUCUUAAAGACAUUUGUUUUAUAAUCGAAAUAUAAAAGGUUUUAUGCAGCAAGGCUCAUGUUUAAUAGUCAAUGGAAUAUUUAUAUUUUAAAUGCAAUCAGUCGUUCUAUGUACUGCAAUGGGUAGGUGUUUCAUCUUUUUGUGUAAAUUAUAUUAAUUAUGCAUUUAUUUUCAUCUUCGCAAUAUUUUUAUUUUGUACUCUUAAAAUAAGUUUGUAUAUUCAUGUAUGUAAAUUAUAUUUUACUAAUGAUCUGAUGUGACUUUUUUUGUGUAAAAUUUCUGUUUGACGACUGCCAAAAUGUUUGCCCCUGUAAUAUGUGAUGCCAAACAAAUAUAAAGCUUACUGUUCCUUUGUGCCAAAUCAAAACUUUUAUAAUCAUACCAUUGUGUUGUACUCAUUGUUUCAAAUAAUUUUUUAAAAGUUAACACUUAAAAUGAAAUGUGAUAUGCACAUUCUCACUUUUUUAGUGUUUUCAGUGUUUUGAAUAAAGUAAAUUCAUAUCAA